UUUGAAAGACACCAUAAUAAAUAUUGGCAACAUGGCUUUGACUAGAGCAAAACGUGGACGAAGUCCCAAGAAGACAGAAGGAAAAUCAACACGAAAAAACAGAGAUAGUGAAUCGAAAGUGCAGCAGAAAGUUUCCAAAUCAUCCACCGCGAAGGAAGCUGGCAGUAAAACAGGAUUAGAAACUGGAGAGGAGACAGAAUUGUUUGUUCAAAAGUCUCACAGAACAGCUGCCGCUAGGAAGCGAUCGAUGGUUGUGAAAGCACCCGAAACUUCGGGGGAGGAAGACGUUGAGCUAGAGGAUACGAGGACGGAUGAACAGGACGAUGAUUCGGAUGCCUCAAAUGACUCUUUCCCGCAGUUUGUCAUUGACUCCAAGCCAGAUUUUCGAUUAAAUGUGGAUAAUGGUGACUCGGAAAAUGACGAGAAUGACUCAGAAUUUGAAUUCCCGUCGAGUUUUGUGAUAGAUAAAGUCGGCAGCUCCACAAAAAUUAGACAUGGACAAAUCAAAACAAAUGUGAAAGAGUCUGACUCUGAGAACGUUGAACGUGGUGACAAUUCAUCUUUAUCAAAGAAAAGUAGUGAAAACAAACAUAGCAAGCAGAAACUUUCACAGGAGAAGAAAAGCUUGCCCUCAUUAGCUGCUCCCUGUGAGAUUGAUGUCGGUAUGGACCUGGGAGAUUGUUAUAUCAAUCUGGAUGGAGAGGAUGCUAUGUCAAGCAAGACGGCUGUGGAAAAUAUCCUUCUCAAGAGCCAGAAAGAUGAGCUGAUAAAGAAGAGUGUGUUAACUCCAGAUUUUGAGAAGAAGCACAGCAUACCUCCGUACAAGAUUGGAAUGAGACAGCUGAAGAAGCAGAGAAAGCAAGAGCGAGAGUCAACGAAGGGAGAUGGGUGGUUCAACAUGAAGGCUCCAGAGAUGACGGAGGAGCUACGGAAUGACAUCAAGGUGAUUCGGAUGAGAUCGACUCUCGAUCCAAAGAGAUUCUACAAAAGCAAUGAUAUGGCAGCUAUCCCAAAGUUUGUCCAGAUUGGUACGGUUGUGGACAACCCUGUAGACUUCUACCAUUCUCGCGUUCCAAAGAAACAACGCAAGCAAACCCUGGUGGAUGAAUUACUGGCAGAUUCAGAUACGAGGAGGUAUAACAAGAGAAAAUAUAUGGAGCUACAAGAGAGGUUCAACUCUAUCCCUAAAGGUCAAAAGAAGCGCAACUAUGGAAGGAAGAUGGACUAUGGAAAGAAGAAGAUGGAUGCAAGGAAGCGAUAAUAUUCUAUGGACUCGCUAGAAGGGCUUCUGUUUUUUGUGGAAAUUGUGAUUUACAUUAGGAUGAUUAAAUAAAAGAGUUUUAGUAGAAACUGGGGUAACAACCAAAAACAAUCACCUUUUAAAUACUUUUUUUAAUUUUGCUGUUCGGAUAUGUACGUCACAGGUUGGAAAAUAGCCUGCAAUUAUUAAAUUUACAUGAUUUUUAAAAAUCUUAGUAUAAAAUGUCAUGUGUCAUAUGCUUGUGACAUUUCAUUUAUUGCUGUUCUAGUCAAUUU